CCCGCUGCUCUGCUCGCCGCCGGCCGGGCUGCUGCGCCAUCGCCGGGACCCGCUCCAGGCUCCGGGGCCCGCCUCGCUGUCCGCUUCUCCCCACUGCCGCCGGCCGUCCAGGCCGGCGCUGAGCCCCACCAUGGAGGACGGGCGCGAGCUGGACCUCACCUACGUCACCGAGCGUAUCAUCGCCGUGUCCUUCCCCGCCGGCUGCUCCGAGGAGGCCUACCUGCACAGCCUGCAGGAGGUGACGCGCAUGCUGCGGUCCAAGCACGGCGACAACUACCUGGUGCUGAACCUCUCGGAAAAGAGAUACGACCUCACCCGGCUCAACCGGAAGGUGCUGGACGUGGGCUGGCCCGAGCUGCACGCACCGCCCCUGGACAAGGUGUGCGCCAUCUGCAAGGCGCAGGAGUCCUGGCUGCAGAGCGACCCGCAGCACGUGGUCGUCAUCCACUGCAGGGGCGGGAAGGGGCGCAUCGGCGUGGUGAUCGCCUGCUACAUGCACUUCACCAACGUCUCCGCCAGCGCCGACCAGGCCCUGGACAGGUUCGCCAUGAAGAAGUUCUUCGACGACAAGGUCUCGGCCCUGAUGCAGCCCUCCCAGAAGCGGUACGUCCAGUUCCUCAGCGGGCUGCUGUCGGGGACGGUGAAGAUGAAUGCCUCACCCCUGUUCCUGCAUUUCGUCAUCCUGCACGGCACCCCCAACUUCGACGUGGGCGGGGUGUGCCGGCCCUUCCUGAAGCUCUACCAGGCCAUGCAGCCCGUCUACACCUCGGGGAUCUACAACGUGGGCCCCGAAAACCCGAGUCGCAUCUACAUCGCCAUCGAGCCGGCCCAGCUCCUGAAGGGGGACGUCAUGGUGAAGUGCUACCACAAGAAGUACCGCUCGGCCACGCGUGACGUCAUCUUCCGCCUGCAGUUCCACACGGGCGCCGUGCAGGGCUGCAGCCUGGUGUUCGGCAAGCAGGACCUGGACAGCGCCUGCCAGGAUGACCGCUUUCCCGCCGGCGGGAAGAUCGAGCUCCUGUUCUCCGCCUCCCCGGAGAGGAUCCAAGGCUGUGAGCGCUUCCGCGGCGACCGCGGCGUGAGCGUGGACUUCGACACGGCCGACCCCCUGCUCCGCUGGGACUCGUACGAGAACCUGGGCGCCCACGGGGAAGUGCUGCACACGCAGGGCCCCGUGGACGGCAGCCUGUACGCCACCGUGCGGAGGAGCGCCCCGGAGCCCGCCGUCCCCGCCGGCAGCCCCGACCACAGCGACCACGCCCUGUCGGUGAGCAGCGACUCGGGCCACUCCACGGCCUCGGCGCGGACCGACCGGACCGAGGAGCCCCCGGGCCCGCGGGCUCUGAGCCCCCAGGAGAAGGCCGCGCUGGACCAGCUGCUCAGCGGCUUCGGCCUGGAGGACCCCGGCACCCCCCUCCAGGACAUGACCGAGGCCGGCGGCAGGGUCAGCGGGACGCGCCACGUCGUGCCGGCCCAGGUCCACGUGAACGGGGACGCCACGCCCAAGGACCGGGAGACGGACAUCCUGGACGACGAGGUGCCCGCCCACGACCUGCGCAGCGCGGGCAGCGUGGGCACCCUGUCCUCCUCGGAGGGGCACCCGUCCGCCGCCCUGGGCCCCUUCGCCGGCCGCCAGAGCAGCCACAACUCGCUGCUGUCGGACGGGCUUGGCAGCAGCGCCGGGGAGGACCCGCACGGCGCCCACGGCGCGGACCCGGGCCCGGGCGGGGGGCCCCUGUGCGGGCGGGAGGCGUUCGGCGGCUGUGAGCCCCAGCUGCCGCGGCCCGAGCUGCGGGCGCCCUGUGCGCUGGCCCAGGCGCAGGCCUACGAGCCGGGCGGCUACCCCACGCAGACCUGGGUGCGCCAGCAGCAGAUGGUGGCCACCCACCAGUACAGCUUCGCGCCCGCGGGGGAGGCCCGGCUCGUCGCCCGCGGCACGGCGGACAGCGCCCGCGCGGCACAGGCUCCGCCGGGGCACCCGGCCGCCCCCGCCCAGGGGGCCGGCAGCAGAGUGGCCGUGGGCUCCGGACCUCACCCCCCUGACACCCAGCGGCCCGCCCCCGGCAAAGCCCGGCUCCCGGGCGUCUGCGUGGUGAACGGGACCGGCCCGGAGCCCGGCCCGGACCCCACCCCCGGCUCCCCCACCCUGGACAUCGACCAUUCCAUCGAGCAGCUCAACAGGCUGAUCCUGGAGCUGGACCCCACCUUCGAGCCCCUCCCCACCCACUUGAACAAGCUGGGCGGCCUGGCCAGCAGCCCCUCGGCCCCCGGCGGCGUGGGGGGCGGGCCCCGGGCCAGCGGCCGCCUGCAGGACCGCGGAGAGGACGCCGGCAGGGCCCCCGGGCCGCAAGGCUCCCCGGGCGACGAGCUGCUGCGCAGAAGGUUCCGGAAGCUGAGCCUCGGGCAGUACGACAACCACGUGGGAGGGCCCGCCUUCCCGCAGUGCGGGUGGGGGACCCCACCUUUCCUGUCGCCAGCCGAUGCCAAGGAGAUGGGGACCCCCGACGAGGGGGCGGUCGACGGCAGGGCCUUCUCUCCGAGCAAGACCGGCAGCUGCGGGUCGCCCACCCCGGCGUUUCCCCUGUCUCCCCCGCCGACACCCUACGAGGCCCUCGCCCGCUCCGUGGGGAUGUCCGAGAGCCUCGUGGGACCCGGAGCCGCCGGGCCGCCCUUCCCGCGGGCCCCCGCCGGCAGCCCCGGCGCCGGGGGGGACAGCCCCCUGUCUGCCGAGCGCCUGUGGGUGGACACCGGCCCCAAGCCCACGCCCGCCCCGCCCGGGAGCAGCCGGCCCCCCCGAAGCCUGCUGGGCCCCAGCGAGCUCCCGGGCCCCGGCCCCGGGCGGCCCCACCUCCCGCCCGCCGAGCUCCCCCUCCGUGGCCACCCGCUGGCCGAGCCCCCGGGGGUGCUGGACCCCGCCAGCAGCCCCGCCUUCCUGGGCUCCGGCGCAGCCCCCGGGGGAGGCGGCCUGCCCCCUGCCCAGGCCCCGGGCGCCCUGCGGGCAGCUGCGGCCACUGCGGACAAUGGCUUCCUGCCCCCCUUCCCCCCGGGGGGCCACGGCCACGGCCACGGCCCCCUGACCGGGCAGCCACCGCUCCCCGAGAAGAAGCGGGCCUCGGAGGGCGACCACUCCCUCGGCUCCAUCUCCCCGACCUCCAGCGGCUUCUCCAGCCCCCACAGCGGGAGCACCAUGAGCAUCCCCUUCCCCAGCGUGCUCCCCGACUUCUCCAAGCCCCCCGAGGCGGCUCCUGCUCCGGAAAACCCGGGAGAGAAGCAGGUGACGGUGAGCUUUGUGCAGGACACCUCCAAGUUCUGGUACAAGGCGGACAUCUCCAGGGAGCAGGCCAUCGCCAUGCUGAGGGACAAGGAGCCCGGCUCCUUCGUCGUGCGGGACAGCCACUCCUUCCGCGGUGCCUACGGGCUGGCCAUGAAGGUGGCCACGCCCCCGCCCUCCGUCCUGCAGCUGCACAAGAAAGCCGGGGACUUGGCCAACGAGCUGGUCCGGCACUUCCUGGUCGAGUGCACCCCGAAGGGCGUGCGGCUCAAGGGCUGCUCCAAUGAGCCCUACUUCGGGAGCCUGACGGCCCUGGUGUGCCAGCACUCCAUCACGCCCCUGGCGCUGCCCUGCAAGCUGCUCAUCCCCGACCGAGACCCGCUGGAGGAGGUGACGGACAGCCCGGCCCAGACGGCGGCCAGCUCCGCGGCCGAGCUGCUGAAGCAGGGCGCAGCCUGCAACGUGUGGUACCUGAGCUCCACGGAGCUGGAGUCGCUCACGGGCCCGCAGGCCGUGCAGAAGGCCCUGAGCACCGCGCUGGCCCAGCAGCCGCCGCCCCUGUCCACCGUCGUGCACUUCAAGGUGUCGGCCCAGGGCAUCACGCUGACGGACAACCAGCGGAAGCUCUUCUUCCGGAGGCACUACCCGGUGAGCAGCGUCAUCUUCUGUGCGCUGGACCCGCAGGACAGGAAGUGGAUCGCGGACGGCCAGGAGUGCCGAGUCUUCGGGCUUGUCGCCCGGAAGCAAGGCAGCGCCACGGACAACGUGUGCCACCUGUUCGCCGAGCACGACCCUGAGCAGCCCGCCAGCGCCAUCGUCAACUUCGUGUCCAAGGUCAUGAUCGGCUCCCCGCGGAGGAUCUGAGCCCGCACGCCGCCCCGCGGCCCCACUCCCGUCCUCAGCCCCGAGACCGCCCCGCCCUUCCCGAGAGGACCGCCCCGCGGCCCAGCAGCUGCUGGGCGGAGUGGGCUCCAGGGCUCUGCCAGCCCCGCGGGGCCGGUGAGGAGGGCAGGCUCCCGUGGGGUCCGUGGGAGGGAGCCGCCGGGAGCGCCCCCGCCGUGGCCGAGGGCUCCAGAGGGGCGUGCCCGUCUGCACGUGGUCUCGCUCAGGAGAAGCUGGUGGCCCUGCAGGUCCUCCCUGCGGCAUCCCACCUCCUCCCUCCAAGCUCGGCCCCAGAACCAGCCGGCCGCUCGGCGAGGGGCUGGGCCGCGAGGGGGUGGCCCCCAGCCCCCACCAAAGCACCGAGCAAAGUGCCUCCUUCUGUGCCAAACCCGCCGGGGCCGGGCCGGGCGGCCGCCUCCUCACGCCCGGGGCCGGGCCGGGCGGCCGCCUCCUCCCUGCCCGAGGGCCGGUCCCCGGAGCCGUCCGCAGUCCCUGCGGGAAUCGGAGGGCAGACUGCGGCCGCCCGCCCUCCCGGACGAAGAGGGACAGGCCUGUGGGGAAGCCGGAGCCCACAGGCGUCACGGGCCUGAGCCUUGCUCGCAGCCCCUCCCGACGCCGGAGAGGCCGGGCACCGUGGAUCAGCCCGGCAGCAGCGUGCCUCCCGUGCACCGGCGCCCGGGGCCCAGGAGCCGGUCUGGGCGGUACGACAGGCCCUCGGGGAGCCCGCCGCCCGCCGGCUCAGCCUGGGGAGGACCUGCCCGGCUCCUGGUCCCUCUGGCACCAGCGGGCACAGGGCGCUGUCCUGGGGCUCCAGGCGUGUGCCCCUCAAGUGUCCCGGCCGGGUCCCCUUAACCCCCACUAACCAGUCACUGCGCCCCUCAGUGUUAACCUGUAACCCUCAGGCCCGAGGGGCCUGUCUGUGGCCUCGGCCUCGAACCCUUGCGUGUCUGCCUUCGCGCCGUGGGUGUCGGUGCCUUCCUCGCAUUAUAAAGUGUAUCCAGCGCGAGUGAGGCCCACGCGCACGUGCAUAGCAGAGCUCUGCCUGCGUAUCUAUCAGAGGAUAAUAAACAUUAACUUUG